AUGGCUGAUACAUUUUCUCACACUUCCAAACCCCAAAGUCAAGACUCAUCUGACCAUUCAAAUCCAGGUAAGUUUUCUUAUAAUUAUCUGUACAAAGCUGCUCUUGUUACAAUUUUUCUUCUUCUUCUCCCAUUUUUCCCUUCCCAACCUCCUGAAUUCAUUAACCAAACCCUGCAUGCUAGAAGUUGGGAGCUUCUGCAGCUUAUUUUUGUGGGUAUAGCCGUCUCUUAUGGUCUUUUUAGCAAGAAAAAUGAUGGAACUGAUAAAGAUCAUGCCUCAAAAUUUGAUAAUGCACAAACAUAUGUAUCUAAGUUGCUUCAGGUUUCAUCAGUUUUUGAUGAUGAAACUGAAAACCAAACUGUAGUUGAUGAAAACAAGGUCCAAACCUGGAAUUCUCAGUACUAUAGGGGGGAACCACUCAAGGUAGUGGCAAAAGAAAGCCCUAUUAGCGUCAAAGAACAAACUGCUACUAGUUCAGGAGUCGGCCAAAAGCCUUUGCUUUUGCCUCUUAGAAGCCUCAAACAGCGUGUGCCAGAGACUGAUGAGGUAGAUGAUUCCAAUGGAAAAACCGGUUCAUUGAUUAGUAGAUCAAGAUCUAAUUCAGGGUCAAAAAGAUUUACCAGCAGCAGUUCGAAAAAGUCAAGAAAUGAGGAAUUUGGAGUUGGAGAGAUAAAUCCUCUAAAUUUGGACGAAAAAGUAGAGGACAAUGUUGUCCUCCGUUCGCCAAUUCCAUGGCGAUCAAGAUCAGGACGGAUUCAAAUGAAGGAAAAUGGGGAUGACCUUCCUUCAUAUUCAAUGGAGGAUCCUGAAUUCAGUAGCCUGGAAUCGCCUUCUUUAAGGUCAUCUAGGCCUAAUUCUACUUGUUCAACACCAAAAACUGUAUCCCCUUCGCCAUCUAUAUCCUCUCCUAAAAAGCUUUCUUCUUUAUCAUCAACCGAGUCUCAAGCCAAAAGUCGUGAAGAUUUGAUGAUGAGAAAUAAUUCCCACAAGUUUUCACCUCCACCACCACCACCUCCUCCUCCUCCUCGAGCACCUCCAACACAUCUUCGGAAAUCUGUAUUGAUGAAAUCGAAUUCCAGUGUGUUGAAUGAUGCUGUUUGUUCCGAAAAACAAAUGAGGCGGAGCAUAAGGAGUAUGCCAACGCAAGAAUUGAGCGAGACAGAUUUGGACAAACCACCAAGAAGAGGCAAUUUCGGUUCAGAUUUCAAGGCUGCUAGAGUUGGAAGUGAUGAUGUUCCAUUUGUUGGGACUUCUGUUCGAAAAACUAGACGUGGCGAAUUUCAAAUGGAGAAAAAUCCCCAAGAAUAUGAAGCAGCAAUCUUCCUUGACAGAAGUGAAGGAUAUACUAACAAAUCCAUGCAUGAAACUGUAAUUCCUAAUAAUGCAUCAUCAAAGAAGGAACCAGUUAAUGAAAAGGUUUUUGUGGAAACUAGUGAUGAUGAUGACAACUCCUUAGAGACUGAGUUUGAAGAUGAUUACUUUGAAGGAAGCAGUUCAGGCAAUCAUGGAGAACCCACAAACACAAAGGCGAAUGAUGGUGGUAAUGAUGCCGGGCGCGAUGUGGACAAGAAGGCCGAUGAGUUCAUUGCAAAAUUCAGGGAACAGAUCAGACUUCAAAGAAUCGAGUCUAUUAGAAGAUCCACUAAACAGCGUGCAGCUGCAAACACUUCGAGGUAA